AGGGAAUCCCCUGUAGGUGGAAAUUGUAUGUGUGAGUGUCCGAUAACGCAGGCGCAGUCAGGCUUCUUAGAACAGCCUAUGGUGAUAUCCGACAUGGAAACAGUGACUCGCGCGGCUGUCUGCUGAACGGUAUACUUAUAUUAUGUGAGAACAAGAGUGUUACCAGCAUGCAAUUAAUUGUGGUUGAUGUUUAUUAUUGUGUGUGGCAAUAACUGAUGGUGGGCACAUAAGAUGGUGCUAAUUGAGAUGGCCGGGGCUGAGGACACCAUCUACCUGUGCAACUUCCGGGUUUCUGUGGAUGGUGAUUGGCUUUGUCUCAAGGAGCUCGCUGAAGGUGGUAGCAGCAUAGGUGUCGCCAGGGUGGAGAGGUCAGCUUCCACAUCACCGGGGUCACCCCCACCUUCAGAGCGGGACCCAGUGAGUAUUGAACGCAGCAAUCUUGUAAAUAUCUGCAAACUGGUGGUUAAGGAACUCAUAGAAUCCUCACUCAAGUUUGGGCGUCAACUUGAUUCAGAUUCUGUACCUCUUCAACAUUUUUUCAUUGUCUUGGAACAUGUCUUGCGUCAUGGCCUGAAACCAAAGAGGGGUAUUUUGGGACCAAAGAAGGAGCUAUGGGAUCUGUUUCAAAUGGUCGAAAAGUGGAGCUAUGAGGCUCAGGACAUCACUGCUAGUGUGCGGGAUCUACCCACAGUCAAAACUCACAUUGGAAGAGCACGUGCUUGGCUUCGCCUAGCGUUGAUGCAAAAGAAGCUUGCAGACUAUUUUCGACUCUUGAUUGAGAGGAGGGAUGACUUACUGACCGAAUUUUAUGAGACUGGAGCUCUGAUGUUGGCAGACGAGUCCAUUGUGAUCAUGGGGCUCCUAGUGGGACUCAAUGUCAUUGAUUGCAACUUAUGUGUUAAGGAAGAAGACUUGGAUAGUCAGAUGGGUGUUAUUGACUUCUCACUGUAUCUGCGGAAUGCAGGAGGUGAUACAAGUCCAGAUGAUUCCCCAGAACAGUCAGACAUGACUACAGUACUUGACCAGAAAAAUUACAUAGAAGAACUUAAUCGUCACCUUAACGCUACAGUGACCAAUUUGCAGGCAAAAAUGGAAGCAUUAACUACCACAAAUGCUCUGAUGAAGGAGGACUUAGCCAUUGCAAAAAACUCUAUCCUGCAUUUGCAAGAUGAUAACGAUCGUCUACGAAAAGACAAGGGCUUGCCCACUCAACAGCAGCAAGAACAGUUAGACAAAGAGGCAAAAAAGGCAAGUCGCAUAAGUGUGAUUGGCUGUGAGGAGGAAAUGCAGGAUCUGAAGCGCCAGCUCGAAGAAGAGAGUGCUCAUCGGAAUCAGGUGGAAAAAGAACUUGAGCUUCAAAUUCAGAUGAAAGCUGAAAGUGAGAUGGCUGCUAAGUUGUUGGAGAAGGACAUUCAUGAGAAGCAAGAUACUAUUAUCUCAUUACGGCAACAACUGGAUGAAAUAAAAGUCAUCAACCUUGAAAUGUACCGGAAAUUGCAGGAAUGUGAGAGCUCAUUAAAACAGAAAACUGAACUCAUCGGUCGGCUGGAGGCUAAGGCAGCAGAAAUGGCAGAGACCAUACGCAAUUUGGAGUCACAGUAUGAGGAAUGCGUGAUACAGAAAGAUGCCGCCAAGCAAACAGCUCAGAAGCUCAGUGAUAAGAUAUCAGAUGGAGAAAUUCAUUCUUCUACCAUAGAAACAGACCUAAAGAUAGAGCGGGAAUGGCGACAGUCAUUGCAAGAAACCCUUAUAAAGGAUCGUGAACUUAAUUCUGAACUUAAACAACAAAUUGCAAAUCUUCUGGAAAAGCAAGAGGAAUAUAGCAUCUUAAAAGGAGCUCACAUGCAGUUAAUUUCUACUGUGGAAAACCAAGAAAGAACUCUUGAAGAAUUAGGUGCCCAUCUUUCAGAAUCAAAACUAAAGAUGGCUGACCUUCGAGAUGUUAGUAAGUCUCUGCGAGAAGCUCAGUGGGCACCUGAUAAAGAAGCUACCAAUUGCCUGCUGUGUGAGAAAGAAUUCAGCAUCUCCCGGCGCAGACACCACUGUCGACAUUGUGGGAACAUAUUUUGUCACAGCUGUAGUGAUAAUACUAUGCCUCUUCCAUCCUCAGCACGACCAGUCAGAGUUUGUGACACUUGUCACACCCAGUUGCUGCAGCGUUACUCCAAUUCUGAAAAUUGAUAGUCUUGCAGUUUGCAUUUAGAGAUCUGAGAUAAUGGUGAUAAAUUUUAAUGAUGAUUUAUUCUGUUUGGUAAUAUGCAUUAUUAUUCAUACUGCAUGAAGCAAAAUGCAUGAGAAUGAAUGUUAUACAGUAUACUUGUAACUAUUGCAUAUACUGUAUAUAUAUAUAUAUAUUACCGCAAAAGUCAAAAUUUAUAUACUGUGUACUGUAUAUAUAAGUAAUAUCUCCAUUAGCGGGAAUCCUUCUUAACUGGAACUUUCCGAUUGCCUGCUUUGAGUCAUCUCGUUAACUGGAAAUCUCUCAUUCCUGGAAGUGCUCUGCACCAAUUAUUCCGGCUAACAGAGACAUCACUGAUAUACUAUAUAUAUACAGGGCAUAUACUGUAUAUAUACCUGUAUAUUCCUUUUUUUUUCUUAUGAGGCUUAAAGGCACUAAGGAUAGCUUACUACAGUAACAAUUCAGGUUUGAAUAGUCUGGUAUAAUUCUGCCAUGCACGACCUCUUUAUGCAGUCUCAGUAUACGCUCAUGAUUUUUACUGUCACAGGGCUCUAACUUAUUAGUCCAUCAUAACCUGUUAAGCCAAAAGUCAAAAGUGCAAGCAGUUUGUAACUUUACUUAAGGUAUGGGCCCUGAAUAUAUUAGUUUCAUAUUUUUAUAUGUGACAACAUUAUUAUAAACAGAGAGUGAUAAAACACAUGCAUGUGUGUUGAAAUCUGUAAACAGUAUUUGUGUGUGUGAACUAAUAAACUGAUUUGUAUUUAUGUAGAUCCACGACACACAUACGGUACAUAAAGCACACCAUGUUCCGUUUGUCAAAUUUGGGGAUAUUUAAGGUUUAAUAGUUUUGAAAUUUUGUUUAAUAUCAACACAGAUUCUCACUGUAUUGAAAUUUAAUUAAUAAGUACAAAGUAAUUUCACACUGCAAAACCACUCAGUGGCCAGCCACACUAUCUCAAACUCAAUAUUGUCUUGUCAAUGAAGCCUUUGUCUAUUUCUUAGUCUUAUAUUGUCACUGCUGCAUGUUCCUAUUAUUCUAUCUUGCUCUUCCUUGUCCUCAUCAGCUAAUCUGUGCGGCUUUCCACGUGGUCUUGUUUCUCAUUGCAUGCAAGUGACAAGUACAGUACUGUACUCUACAUAUGUGAUAACCAAACCUUCGUAUAGAAUUCCUCCAUAAUGAUCUGAAUUUUUGCUUCAGUCUCAAGCAUUCUAAAGUGUGGACAUAGUAAAUGCCUGAAGUGUGUGAGAAAAAAUCUACAUAAAACGUAUCCCUUCAGUCAUGAAGAAAACAAGGCAUUAAAGUUAUACAUAGUUAAAUAGACACUUUAGAGCUAGACAGAUAUUUUAGAAAGUUUAUACAUCAUUGUACUGUAUACAUUGUUAUACUACACUACAUUGCAUUCAUUAAGUACAGGUAUUAUGCAGUGAACUAAAGAGAAGUUAAAUAUGGGUGAGGGCUCUUUUUCAGUAAUAAUGUGAAUUAGUUGAUUUUCAGUGCAAUGUUGCUUUAAGCAGCAUUAUAUUAUAGUGCUGUAAAUUACACAGCUUGAUAUUUUAGUGCUGUAAAUUACACAGCUAAAAAAAAAUUUCCCUGAGAAAGAAAUGUAGAAACUAUAGAGCUUUCGCUUGAUACAGCAAGAAUAUUGUGGUACUGUAUAGGUACGUACUUUGAAAAUAUGGACAAGAUAGACAAAAUAAGAAUAAUCAAACAUGUGUAUUUAAAUUAAAGGCAUGCAAAUAAAUGUAAAAGCAAGCUAAAAGCUAAAUGGAGAAGCAGUAUGGGAGAGGAAAAUAUUGUCAUUGGAAUCUGCAAAAGUUCAAUGUCAAGCUUUAUGAGAAUUUUAUAUGAAUCUUACUGCUUUGUAGUGAGACAAAUUCAUUUGAAUAUGGAUGGUUUUUAACUCAAUGUGAAUUUAAUUGCAGCUGUUUUCAUGUUGGAUAAAAAAUCAUGAAUACACUAGAGUAAGGAAUAUUGCAUCUGCAGCAGGUUCCAGUGAUGAAUAUGGCAGGCAUUAAUGUCUCUUCUGGGUGAAGUAAAGUUAAAAAGGAUUUGCCUUGGCCAUUAUGCUACACAGUACAAUUUGUUUAUUUAAUAAGGUAAUAAAGUACUGUACUGUACAAGUAUUGACAUACAGUAUUUGAAAUAGGUUGAUUAAAGAUUGCUUGCAGGUUAUAAUUCAUUAAAAUAUAGCCUUAUUAAAAUACUGUAUAGUAAUCAGCUUUGGUUUUGUCAGUAAAUUCCAGGGAUAAAGUCCUCUAAUUACUAUGAAGAGAGGUAAAAUGUUUUCCAAAUAUAGAAUUCUCCCAAAUUGGUUUGAAAUGAUUACAAAGUUACUGGCCCUUACUUUUAACCCUUCCACUGGAGCGAGCUUAAGAUGUGGCACCCAGCUUGUGUGUGUCUGGCUUUCAUAACUAUAUCAUUUAUGAUAAUAUUUUUGACUGGGUCCGUGAAUAUUUAACAAUUAAGAAAUCGAUUGUUUAUACACUGAUUCGCAACUCAUGGAAUCUGCUGGCAUAAGCUAGACUGUGCUACUAGAUGCAUGAGUAUAAUGAUAAUAGUGUAAUAAUAUAAUAAUAGUUGGUCUUUUGUUUCUCAAAAGUGCCAGUUCUUCCAAAGAAUUCACUAGUGCUCGAAAUACUACAAAGUACAGUUACACCAAUACAGUACCUUAGUUUGUAUCAUUUUUUAUGUUAGCAUACAGUAAUACUGUACAGUAUAUCACCAAAGUCCAUGUUACCCAGUAAAUCCAUGAAAUAACCUGGAUAUUUCCAUCACUUCUGCAUCACCACAAGCUUUCGUACAGGAUUCUCCAAUAUUCUGCAUAAAACUGAUGCAUACAGUACUCAAUAGAAGUUGGUGACUAACUGCGUGUCAUGUCAGUGGAUAACAUUACAACUACUGUAAUGUCUUUGGUUCAGCAUCAUGCUUAACAGUUUUGAAACAAAGAAAUUAUAUAUUUAAGCAGCUACAGUGAAUAGAAAAUGUAAAGUGAUCAUAUUCUGUAUGUACCAGGUGCAGUGAAAGGGUUAAAGGAACUUAAGUAUUUAACAAAUUGGAAUACUGUAUUCUAAACUUCCCACCCCAAAUUUGUGAAGUAAGUUAUAAAAAGAAAAUAAUUUAUUGUUGUUAGAACCUAAUAAAUUUAAUUAAGAAUUGAAGGGACAUCCAUUCAUAAUUAUCACGAUUGAAUAAAAUAAAAUACUGUAUUGUGCAUUUAAAUGAACAAAGUGAAUGACUACUCGAAAAUGUUUUUAAUAUGACACAAUAUAGCAACUAUAUAGCCAUCCUUACUACACUGAUGUUCCUGCCACUUGGAUAGUCAAAAACCUGUUGCUUAUGCAGUAGAAUAAUGAAAAUCCGCUUUCCUAUAACUCAUAAAAUCUGGAGUCCAACACAUGAGUUCCCAGAGUUGGCUGUUCUUUUUUACUGUGUGCUGUCAUAGCCCACGUUAUAUAUUAUUCUAGCUUUGAAGGUAUGACACUGAAGAUUGUAAUUUUCUCAUAUAUUUGCCAUAUUUUUUUUAUUUAUUCCUUGUAAUGAUGUCUAAAAAUCAUCCAAGUGAUUAAAUCAGGUUUAAUAUUGCAAAGGGAACGCAUAUUACACUUACUCUACCAUCAUUUGGUGACCUUCAUAGGCUUGUAUGAUUGCUUUCAACAAAAUUAAAGCAAAGGUGUACCAGUACUUAUUUCUAGGCCACUUUUGUGUGAAAAGGUCAGUUUCAGCACAAAUUAAAAACUACCGAGUCUUGAAAUUUUACUGAUGGAUAGUUGAGUAAUACUCUACAUUAAGUAUGGCAUUAGUUACCCAGUACAUCAGAACAAAUGAUGAGAAACUCUGUUAUGAUAUGUUCACCCCACAUUUGGCCCAUGUUUCUAAAAUCAAUUAAAAAAACAAAAUUUGCCCAUUUCUUGGUUUCAAGGAUUAUAGAUUUUUUUGUAUUCCACUGUACAAAAUAUAA